GGACGCUGGCCGGCUCAUUUCAUUUCCAACAUGCCAGAGGGGGGGGGGGGGGGGGGCCGGGACAAUAAAGCAGAUAAGGAACAAUUGCAGGAACAGCAGCACUGGAGCCUCUCUUUGGAUGAGAAGAAUAGAAAGACCAGCGCACGGUAGGGCGUGACGACGAAAGCACAAAGUCACAUGACGGUCAGGAGACAGCCAGGUCCAAAAACAUUGGAGUGAAACGUGCGAGCCGCAAACACACUUGACUAGCUUUUGCCGUUGUGAAAAUGGCUUCUUCUGGUUCCUUGGCACAUUGUUCCUUUGGAGCCUUGAUUAAGAUCUUGUCUAAACAGCUCGCAGACACGUUGUUGGCAAUGUACGUUCGUAAAUCCUCGACCGCUGAUCAACACAAUGGCUCGCAUUCCUCAAAUGUGAAGGAAGUCCCUUCGUAUCGCUGCAUCGCUACACUUUGGUGGACAUGCUUGGAAAAUGGCGCGCCAACAAAUACACACACGCGUGUCUGCUCGGAGCUCCAUCCACGCAGAUUCUGCUCGUCCAGCGCUUACUUGGCUGAUCGGAGCGGAGGUGCGGUUUGAUCCGUGAACCAGCCCGACAUGUGUGAUUGAGUUUCAGAGGAGGGUCACGGUUCCAGACUCGGGUUCCCCCGAGGCCGCACACUUGAAAAGGCCGCCCGCUGGAGACAUUCAUCCUUCUCGGAAAUGAACAAGACCUGCUUUGAUGUCUUUGGCACAACACACACUUGGAAUCAUCGAUUGAUCCUCGUUUAAUUGAGUCAUUUGACAAUCCAGCAAAUCAUUGCUUGUCAAUGCAACACCACAAAUUGAGAGUAAAAACCACGUCUUGGAAUAAAAAUGCAAAUUGAAGCGUGACGUGAGGGUGGCCGCUAUAUUUUCAUGCCAUCAUUCUCCUGGAAGUCUGAUUUCAAAUUAUUAUUAUUUUUUGAAGUGAUGGUUUUGCGGUGUUAACAGAAAAACGCAAUGGCGAUGUGGCCCGAGUUUGAGUCUUCAUUGAACCUCACAUUCAUGUUUUGGGAAAUUAGGAGAGAAGAGUGGACCACUGGAUUUCAAUGUCUGUGCGCUUCAAAGUGCAUGUGAGAACUCUUUGGGCAGUAGGACCCAGAGGAUUUGAACUGCGGACAACCUGGAGCAGAUCACCUUUUUUUGCGUGUCUCCAGUCUUUAAAAAAAAAAAAAAAAGUGAAACAAAACAAGUUAAGCGUGUCAUCGACUGGCAGGAAAUUGUCGAAGCAACAGGGGCAGACUUUUUCCUAUAAAAGUCAUGAGACAAUCCACGCGUGUCCGCACUCAAUAGACGCCGGCUCGUCACACACAGCCCCGCCCCUCCCUAUUCAGGCACCUUCGGGACAACAUGAGCGCCUCCGUGGCGGUGUACCGCAGCAUCUUCACCGAGGACCGCUUCAAGCAGGCCUUUGGCUCAGAGGAGGACAAGGCGAGCGCAGGCGCGAGCGCAGGCGCGCGCGCGCGGCUGUGGGCCAAGCUCGCCGGGAGCUGCAGGUGCUCACGGCGCGCCUGCAUCCAGCUGCUCCGUCACAGAGUUCCCAUUUGCAACUGGCUGCCCGCGUACCGCUUCAAGAAAUGCUUGUUGGGAGACACCGUCGCUGGACUGACAGUUGGCGUCCUUCACAUCCCUCAAGGGAUGGCUUUCGCACUACUCACCCGUGUAGCGCCCAUAUUUGGCCUCUACACGUCCUUCUUCCCUGUGGUCCUCUACAUGAUUUUCGGCACGGGUCGCCACGUAUCCACAGGUACGUUUGCCGUGGUCAGCCUCAUGACCGGCUCUGUGGUGGAGCAGCUGGUGCCCGCCACGUCAGCCCAGUUGAACUCCAGUUCGCCCCAAGGGGCCGACUUUGAGCUCCAGAGGAUCGGCGUGGCCUCAGCUGUCGCGCUUCUCUCGGGACUUAUGAUGCUGUGUAUGUUCGCUCUUCAGUUGGGCUUCCUUUCCACCUACCUGUCGGAGCCCAUCGUGAAAGCUUUCACCAGUGCCGCCGCCUUCCAUGUCACCAGCUCGCAGCUGCAAAGCAUGCUGGGGCUUCGGCUGGCUCGCCACACGGGGACUUUUUCCCUCUUCAAGACUUUAGCGUCAGUAAUGGAGAACCUGCCUCAGACAAACAUGGCGGAGCUGCUGAUCUCCUUGGUGUGCUUAGCGGUGUUGGUCCCAGUGAAAGAGCUCAACACGCGCUACCGGCGACGCCUGCGGACGCCCAUCCCGGUGGAGAUCCUCACGGUGAUUAUUGCCACGGGCGUGGCCUACGCUUUCUCUCUGGACUCCAUUUAUGACAUUGAGAUUGUCGGCCAUAUUCCAGCAGGAUUCCCCAGGCCCGAAUUGCCCGCCUUGCACACGUUCCCCGCCAUCGCCGGGGACACAGUGGCCAUCACGUUUGUGGGCUACGCCGUGUCCGUCUCACUGGCCAUGCUCUACGCCGACAAGCACGGCUAUUCCAUUAACCCCAACCAGGAGCUGCUGGCUCACGGUAUCUCCAACACGGUGUCUUCCUUUUUCACAUGCUUUCCAAGUUCAGCCACUCUGGCCACCACAAACAUCUUGGAAAGUGCCGGCGGACACACGCAGUUCUCGGGCUUGUUCACCAGUCUGGUUGUCCUGAUUGUUCUGCUGCUUAUCGGACCGCUCUUCCACUUCCUACCUAAGGCGGUACUGGCAUGCAUCAACGUGACCAGCCUCAGGCAAAUGUUCCUGCAAUUCCACGACCUGCCGCAACUCUGGAGAAUCAGCAGGAUUGACUUUAUGGUUUGGGUGGUGACCUGGCUGUCAGUUGUGGUUCUCAACGUGGACGUCGGCUUAGCCGUCGGGGUGAUCUUCUCGAUGAUGACCGUCGUCUGCCGCACGCAAAGGGCCGGUUGCGCCGUGCUCGGCCGGGCCAGCAACACAGAAAUUUACAGACCACUGGAGAAUCAUAGUAAGUGCUACGAGGUGCCAGGGAUGAAGAUCCUGACCUACAACGGGCCCAUUUACUAUGGAAACCGCAGCUUCUUUAGGGAGGAGAUGAGUCGCUUGUUGGGCCUGACGCCGGAGAAGGUCCGCAGCCGAGAGAAAGCCAGAAAAGCUCGGGAGAAGCGGGAAAGAGAGACCAAUGUCAUCACGGUGGAAGGAGGCAUUGCAAAUGCAUCUUUUUCGUCCGAAAAUGAGUUCUUUCAAUUUGAAACAUCGGAGCAUGAUGUGCAGGCAGUACUGAUCGACUGCAGUCGUGUGAUAUUUGUUGACGUUGCCGGAGCGAGACUCUUCACUCAGAUGUGCCACGAAUGCCAGAAAGUCGGCCUUGCUGUGUUUUUGUCCAGCUGUAAUGAGAGCGUUUUAAAGAUUCUCACCUCAAGCGGCCUCAUGAACUACAUGAAGCCCCAGCACAUUUUCGUCACUGUCCAUGAUGCCGUCACGUACAUUCAGCAGCAGAAGGGAAAACAUCUAGAAGACACCGUUUGGGUGUGAAAAUGAUGUACGGCCAUAGCAGGAUCCGACUUUCCGGCCCGUUUCAAAGAAGCAGUAGCCUGUUGUAGCAUUAUGGAGGCACCUAUUUAUGCUGAAGACAAUAUUUGUUUGCAAUCCAAAAACAAAUAGACCAAAAGGUGCACUGAACUGGUUCAAUAGUAAAUAUAUUUAUAUAUUUUAUAAGCGCUUAAAUACGAGCAUAUGGACAUGCAAUACGGUUUGGUAUUUGUCUGCAAUUGUCUUCCAGUUGCUCACAUAUAAGACUUUUCAAGGAAACAAGACUACGUUUUAUUAAAAGUGAUUGCUUUCUUCAUCCUUAC